AUGGCAUACGCUGUCUUGGCUAGCCAGAAUGAAUCGAGCUGGGCACAUAUGGGGAAGAUUCCAUACUCAAAUCCUCACUUAAAUACAAACCCUAACCCUAACCCAAAGAAAAAGCAAAAGCAAUUCCACAAUUCAAGCAGUAAUGGAAGCGGCCGGUUCAACGAUGAUUUUCCGGCUGCAACACAGGCCGACGAUGCCUAUUCAUUCAAUCAGACUACUACGGCGGCGCGUAGUGGAUUCAACCAUGGCGGAUAUCUUACCUACAACGUUGAUUCGUACACAAAAUCCGAACUUUUAGAGUUCCGUAAACGCUUGGCUGCCGAGCUUGAACAGAUCCAGACGCUGAGGGAUCAAAUCGACUCCGGUCGAUUUAACUUCAACAGUAGCAGUAACAAUCCUAGGUCUCAAGGGAAACCAAAGAAAUUAUCUGGUAACAAACGGCCUAGAGCCCCAGUUGGAUCCCAUAAGGAUCCAAAGAAACUAUGCAAUGGAUUUCUUGAUAAUGGAAAUUUAGGGAUGAAAAACGCAAUUGAUUGUGGGGCUAUGUUGAAGGAAUGCAGGCUGAUUUUGACGAAAUUGAUGAAGCACAAGAAAGGGUGGAUAUUCAAUAAACCUGUUGAUGCGGCUGCUCUGGGGCUUCACGAUUAUCAUCAAAUUGUGAAGCGGCCGAUGGAUCUGGGGACAAUAAAGUCGAAUCUAACCAAGGAUCUGUAUUCGCAUCCUACUGAAUUUGCUGCUGAUGUAAGGCUGACUUUUAAUAAUGCCUUACUGUACAAUCCGAAAACUGACCAGGUUCACGGCAUGGCAGAGCAGCUAUUAACGAUGUUCGAGGAAUUGUUUAGUCCAAUUCAGGAGAAGAUUGGUAGUUGUAAUACUCAACGAAGAGAAAGGGAGCUUCGAGAAUUUUGGGAUAAUGAUGAAUUGCAAGGGAGUCAGUGGAAUAAUCCUAGGCAGAUUAUGGCAUCAUCCCCUGGAAGGGGAGGAAAGAAAAGUAAACCAAAAUUGAGCCCGAUUCCAGUUCCUCAGGCUUCAAAGAAGCCGGAGAAAAUGCAAAUGCAAAAUCAUUCUAGCAUCGAAAUGCCUCCCGCCCCUCCGCUGCCACCAUUGACCCAUCCAGUACAUGCACAAACUCCAUCUCCUGUCAGUGCUCCAUUGCCUGCAAAGGAACAGAAAGUUGGAAGAGUAGGGAUGGUGAAGCAGCCAAAACCAAGGGCAAAGGAUCCGAAUAAGAGGGAAAUGAGUAUUGAGGAGAAGCAUAAACUUGGUAGUGGGUUACAGAGUUUGCCUCAGGAGAAGAUGCCACAAUUGGUUCAGAUUAUAAGGAAGAGGAAUGAGCAUUUGGGGCAAGAUGGUGAUGAAAUUGAGCUUGACAUAGAGGCCCUUGAUACCGAGACUCUUUGGGAAUUGGAUCGGUUUGUGACCAAUUGGAAGAAGAUGGUAAGUAAGACUAAACGACAAGCAUUGAUGAUGAACAACAAUCAUGCUGCUGAAGCUACUGCUCCAACCACACACAAUGUGGAGGACGACAUGGAUGCAAUGAGUGAGGAAAAUGACAUGGGAAAGAAGCCAAAAAAGAAUGAGGACGAGGAUGUGGAUAUCGAUGACGAUAUGCCUGCGACAAGCUUUCCUCCCAUUGAGAUCGAAAAGGAUGAAGAAGGUGGUGGAGGUCAUGAUCAAGGCAAUGCCAGUAGCAGCUCAAGUAGUUCUAGUAGUUCCAGUAGUGAAUCGUCUUCCAGUGGUUCUGAUUCAGGGAGUUCCUCCAGUAGUGAAUCCGAUGCAGAUGAUGCGCAGAUAUUUGAUGAUUUGAGAGUAUUGCAAAGAUACGCCAAGAUGGGAAAGCUUAAAAGAGAAGUUUGUGGGUAUCUGGUUGAGUAUUGA